AUGACCAUUCGCCUUCUUGAAGAUGCAGUCAUUCGCAGGUUGCGUUCCUCCUUUAUCAAUUCAGUGGCACAGUGUGUUGUCGAACUAGUUCAAAAUAGUCUCGACGCCAUGGCGACAACAAUCGAGAUUCACGUUAAUGUGGCGAAAUAUUAUGUGCAAGUGAUUGAUAAUGGAACUGGAAUUGUACCCGAAGAUAUGGAUAAAAUCGGUCAACGGCAUGCCACUUCAAAAUGUCAUACACUGGAUGACUUGUCACGGAUAGUCAAUGUCAUUCUGUUGCUCGAAGCUCUAGCCAACCUCGCGGAAAUCUCAAUCUUGGAGAUAAUAAGCAAACAUUCUGAUUAUUACGACACUUACGUUACCGUGUUUAAGGGUGGCAUACGUCUCCAACAUGGACCAACGCGGAAUAACAAGAGGACAAAACCGGGGACCACAAUAAUCAUUCGAGAUCUUUUUUAUAUGUUUCCAGUUCGUAGAAACAGUCAAACAGAUAGUUUGUUGGCCAAUGAGUUGGAAAAUGUUAAAAGGGCAAUUGAAGCAACGGCUUUGACGCAACCACAAGUCACCUUUACUCUUGUAGACGCGUCGAUAGAUAGUAAGAUAAUCACCACAAGAAAGACGACAUCAAAUAUUUCCACAUUUCGACAACUCUUUGGGGGCUCCUUAGCACAGAGUCUUGAACCCGUUCACGUCGAGGAUGGUCGCAUUAAGUUGGACGGAUUUAUUUCUUCAAGAGGAUAUCAUGCAAAGCAUCAUCAGUAUUUCUGUAGAUAUCGACUUUUGGUCAUUAAUUAUCACGUGUCUUCGUCUAACCAUUCACAUCGGCUCUCAUUAAUAGACGUCAAUAAUUAUUUUAUUACUCGCGGCGAACUUCAUAAACUGAUAGAAGAUCAUUUUGACAAAAGCAGCUUUGGAAAAAAAGUGAGUCCCAAGUACGGACCUUUGACACAUUAUUCUAUCAUCAAUGCUAAUAUAAUACCCUUUAGCCACAUGGUGGAAUAUUUUUGGAUCAGGGUUGUUCGCACUCGAACAAAUCAAAACUGGUCAAAAAUCAUGGAUCUUCUAUCUAAGCUGAUUUCGCAAUUUUUGGAGUGUCGCGGGUUCAUAAUACGAGAUGAUCAAGCAUCGCACGUUGUUACAUCGAGAUCAUCUGUCAAAAAGACCAGGAUAAGAAUCCCUCGAAAUUUGCCCUUAACAUUCGAAGACCUGGCACACAUCAAAACCGGCGGUCAACGUCAGUAUAUAUUUCUAGACGAGGAAUUAAAAGGAGGUUUAAGUAAAGAUAAACGAGGAGCGGAGGUAAUUAAAAUUGACGAAAAUGAAAACGAAUGCAUACGUUGGAAUGGAAUUCCUAGUGAGGGAGAUUUCUAUAUUGGCCUGCGCGCAGGGAAUUCGGGCCAUUGUAGCAAGUCCACGUCGAGUACCGGUAUGGUCGCAAGAGUGGAUCGAAGCCGAUUGCGUACGUCAGGUCACACGCCAACAAAUGCAACGUUAUGGGCUAAAAUGGCUUUCGAGAGAUGGAGCAACCCGGUCUUUAAAUGUGACGAGGCACCGAUGCCUUUUUUGAAAAAUGUAAUUUCAAGCGACAAGUUCGUGACUAAAGAUGCGACGCGUUCUUUUGUUUUUGGACAUCGAUUUAACAAACGAGAUAUUGCACGGGCUGAGGUCAUUGGUCAGUUUGAUGAUAAAUUUGUUGUUUGCAAGCUACCCUGCUCUUCGGAUGGAGAACAAGAUUUUGAUGAAUGCAAACAAAAAACAAGACACAUAUUGGUUCUUGUUGAUCAGCAUGCUGCAGAUGAACGCGUCCGUGUCGAGAUGCUGAUGAAGGAAUUUUUUGACCCCAAGAAGAAACUUCAAGCGUCGACCGAAGUUUCUUCUUUGGUGGAAACUGUUCAAGCGAGACCACCAAUCAAGAUAAUAUUGACCAUUAGAGAGACGCAAGUUGCCAAGAGAUUCGAGGAAAACUUUAACAAUUGGGGGAUCUAUUUUGGUGAUGGGGUUGCUUCAAAGCAAUCGAACAUUCCAACCUCGAUGCUAAUAUCGACGCAUGCCGACAAUGAUCAUUCGCAUAUUUACGUGACACAUGUUCCCAAGAUGAUCGCUGAUCGUUGUGCAUCCGACUCGCGAGUCAUGCAAGAAAUAGUGCGUCAAUAUAUGUAUUGGUUGGAGAGUGCAGGUGCGUUCGAAAUGCGCCUAGAAGAUUAUGGAAGGGGAGACUGGACGAAGAUGAUAAGCAAAUGUCCAAAGGGGAUAUUGGAUAUUAUAAACUCGAAGGCCUGCCGAGGUGCCCUCAUGUUCAACGAUCGACUGACCUUUCAACAAUGCAAAGAAUUAAUAGCGAAAUUAUCUCUGUGCAAUUUCCCUUUUCAAAUUAACAACACAUUCUUUGUAUCCUCAAAUCCAAGACCCUCCAUCAUUCCACUCGUAUACUUGGAUGAAUUCACAAAACAAUCGUCGAACAGUGGACAUCAUAAGCAGUCCUCGAUCGCAACAGAUCGAUACAAGAUUAAUCUUGAAAAGUUUAGAAAAUGA